AAAGUAGUUCCGGAAUAUUAAUCCGCGGAGCAACCGCGCGGUGCCCGGAUGUUAGCUAUUCACAGAGAAAGACGAACGAGAUCGAGAGAGGCGGAGAGGCUAGGAGACACCACGGACUAACCGGUAAAGCUAUUACGGGUCUCAACCCCACGACAAACGCGGAGUGUUGACUCUCAUUUCGAGGAGAGAGAGGGAGCCGUGAUCGAAAAAAGGAAGGGGAGGGGACGGCUAACUUUGACAGAGCUGGACUGGCCUCAAGCAGCUGACACGAGCCCGGGUUUCAUUUUGAGUGACAUCGACAAAGCAUUGAUCUGAGGGAACUCCUGCGCUCGCCGCGCCAGAUCGCCACCCCUUCGCGCUACUCCUCUCUGGAGCCCCUUGACCUGCCACCAUGACUUCGGAGCUGGAGAGCAGUUUGACCUCCAUGGACUGGCUGCCGCAGCUAACCAUGCGGGCGGCCAUACAGAAGGCAGAUGCUCAGAACACUCACGGGCCGGGCAUGGCUAAAAAGAGCGCUUUGCUAGAUCCCAACACCACACUGGACCAGGAAGAGGUGCAGCAGCACAAGGAUGGCAAGCCGCCGUACAGCUACGCCAGCCUAAUCACGUUCGCCAUCAACAGCUCGCCAAAGAAGAAAAUGACACUUAGCGAGAUCUACCAAUGGAUCUGUGACAAUUUCCCUUAUUACAGAGAAGCUGGCAGUGGGUGGAAGAACUCGAUACGGCACAAUCUUUCGUUGAACAAGUGUUUUCUCAAAGUGCCUCGCUCCAAAGAUGACCCGGGAAAGGGUUCGUAUUGGGCAAUUGACACAAAUCCAAAGGAGGACACGCUGCCCACGCGGCCCAAGAAGAGACCACGGUCUGGAGAGCGGGCAUCAACACCGUACAGCCUGGAGUCGGAUAACUUGGGAAUGGACUGCAUCAUCUCUGGAAGUGCCUCUCCAACGCUGGCAAUCAACACUGUGACUAACAAGGUGGCAUUGUACAACCCUGACCAGGAUGGGAGUGACAGCCCUCGAAGCAGCCUUAACAAUAGCCUAUCUGACCAGAGUCUGGCCUCUGUUAAUCUCAACAGUGUUGGCAGCGUGCACAGCUACACGCCGGUGACGAGUCAUCCAGAGACGGUAUCCCAGUCCAUGAGUUUGCAGCAGGCCCCUCAGGGUCAGUACAGCAUACCGGACCGUGACAAGCAGCUGCUCUUUUCGGACUUCGAAGAUCUUAGUGCCUCCUUCCGCAGCCUUUACAAGACUGUGUUCGAACAGUCCUACAACGCACAGGGGCAGAAUACCGCUUGGAAGAGUGUCAGUGAGGACAUUGGGCAACCUGGUCUGAUGGUCAUGCCGUCGGAGGCCUCUCAGCCAACCCACACCUCCUGCUCUUACCAACACUCUCCCAGCAGCACUAUCAGCACCCACCCUCACAACAACCAGAACCCCAUCACCAACUCUCACCCCAACAACAUCUCCAACAGCGGUAGCCAGGUGCCUCUUUCCCACCCCCCUCAUUCCAGCCACAACUCCCCCCACGGCCAGCACCUCUCCCAGCAUGGCCCCCACACCCAACAUAGCCAGCACCCUCACACAGCGCACAGCCAACACCCACAGCACAGCCAACACCCCCAACACAGCCAGCACGGGCAACAUCCACCCCAGCACCAGGGCCACGGCCAGCAGCAGCAACAUCCGAAUCUGUCCCAUCAGCCCCAUCCUGCCCAGCAACAGAUGCAGUGCAACACUGGUCUUCCCAAUGACUGGUACCCCCCCAACCUGGAUGCGCUGAAAGAAAGCUGCCGCAUCGCCAGCAGCUACAACUGGGCUGAUGUGGAUCUGUCACCCUUUCAAGGUUUGAAAGAGAGCAUGAGGCAGGCGGAGCUGAAUAACUGGUCCCUUGAGCCCACUCAGAUGGCAGACCUCUGCUCCUCCAUCAAUCAGUUCUUCAAUCGCACUGGAAUCCAGCCACAGGGAGCAGUGCAGCCCCCAGUGUGUCACGGCUCCAUGCAUCCAAACAAGCCCAGCUCACACAUCAACACAGGAAACAUGUACAUGGAUACGAGACAGAGCAUGAGUUCUAUGAUGGGUCCACCGGGUUAUCCCCACAUGCCACCCAUGAGCACCGCUGGCCCUGCUAUGACAGGCCAUCACGCUCAGAUGAGCCAGCAGCACAUGAUGCCCGCCGGAAACUUCCAGAUGCGCCGCAUGCCCGCCGACGACAUCCAGGACGACUUCGACUGGGACUCAAUCGUCUAACCCAGUCCCCGAACGCGAAGAGAGUGUUGCAGACAAACGAGAGAAGAGCGAAUGGAGGCAGAGUGUUUGUGUUACAGUGCGAGAGGGCUGGACCUGGCGCGUCUGCACCCUCGUGACAGAAGGCAGAUUGGAACUGGACACUUGAAAAACAGUGCAGGUGUUGUUCAUUAUGACCCGAAAGAGACUCCUGUGUUCCUGGUGUUUUUACGAAACAAAACGAAAAAAAUAUAUUACUUUGAAGACAAUCACAUUUACUAGGACGUUUAAGUGAUCGCUUUUGUACUUGUCCGAAGUGCAAGCAUUUCAUGUUUGUGUCGAAAUGUCUCCCGACCCUCAGCCUUUCUGCAAGCCCACUCAAUUGCCAAGCUCUCCCCGCUCUUCAACUGUUGUUCUGUGAUUUUUCAAGUGAUAUGUCCGGCUUGUUCUCCCCUCUCGUGGUGACUAACUCAGGCCUCGACUGCCUAUCGAACAAGAUUGGCUUUCUCAUUCGUGUCAUGAAAGUUGCUCCGAGAUGCGCAGGGCACUUUUCGGAAGAGGGGCGACCGCGCAGGUGGCGUAGCGAUGUAGUUUGGCUGAUUCUGAUGGUCGCGAAAAGUGAAUCUUGCUCCUCUGACCCUAAACACUGUAAUAUGUAGAAAAGUUGCCAGGCAUCUGAAUCUGAUUCAAGCUGAUUUUCAUUUUUUUACUGAUUGUUAAGGCUCAUAACAAGACGUGUAAACCACAUUACCUGCAGUAUUUGUACUUGUGUAUCUUUGCUGUCUAAAGUGUAUCAUGUUUUUGUCAAUAAUAGUUUUAGGUGACUCUGAAAGUGUACAUCAGGAAGUGAUAUUGAUCCAAACCUCACUAAUAUCAGUUUCUCUUUGAUCAUCA